CUCAUCAGUAACACAGCAUAGUUCUGAUUUGAUAGAUUCCUCCGUGGCCCUGUUUCCGGGCUCCUCUCUUUAAUUCCCCGCUCUGUUCUCCUUAAAUUCCCAACAUGAUCUGUGAGACGACAAGAAGAUCCUGUGGGGUUCUUAUUGUUGUCGCCGCCGCAGCCGUGGCCAUGUUGGCAGCAUUGUCAUGUGGUGUGGGUCCAGCAAACGCGGGGGGAGGCGUGAACGGGAACGCAGGGAGGCAGCAGCGGCAGUUGAAAGCGGGGAGCGGUGGUGGAAGCAGCGGUGGGUGCAGCAAUCUCAAUCUGUACGAAGGGAGCUGGGUUUACGACCAGGCUUAUCCUCCCUAUGAUUCAUCUUCUUGUCCCUUCAUUGCCAAAGAGUUCGAUUGCUUGAAGUUCGGACGGCCGGAUCGGCGCUACCUUCAGUACCGAUGGCAGCCGGGCGGAGGCUGUAACUUGCCCAGGUAUUAUAUGAAUGGUAAUAAUAAGAAGGAGAAUCUCGGGGGGUGCAGAUUUGAGGGUGAGAAGUUUCUGAGGAGGAUGGAGGGGAAGAAGAUGAUGUUUGUAGGGGACUCGUUGAGUAUGAAUCAGUAUGAGUCGCUGUUGUGCAUGCUCCACGCAGCUGUCUCCAAUUCCAACAUCACCCGUCAAUCCCAACCAUACCUUUCUACCGCAACAUUCCAGGACUAUGGGGUGUCAAUAAUGUUGUUCACGAGUCACUACUUGGUUGAUAUAGAGGAGCAAGAGAUUGGGCGGGUGUUAAAGCUCGAUUCCAUUAGCGACGCCACCAGUAGGCUGUGGAGGCAGAUGGACUUUCUGGUCUUCAACACCUGGGCCUGGUGGUACAGAACGGGCCCUCAAAAGGGAUGGGAUUAUGUUCAAGAUGGUGAAACCAUAUCUGAGGACAUGGAUCGAAUGCUUGCUUUCAAGAGAGCUUUAACAACCUGGGCCAAAUGGGUAGAGGCAAAUGUGAAUGCAGCGAAAACAACCGUCUUUUUCCAAGGAGCUUCUCCUUCUCAUUACAACGGCACAGAGUGGGGAAAGCCAGGAUUAAGAGACUGCUCUCAUGAGACAGAUCCAGUGCUGCCACCGGAAGCUUCAAACCUCGCUGUUGGUGGAGCCGUCUCCUUGGCGUUACAAGCACAACAAGACGCAAUCAAAUCCAUCCACCAUCCAAUCUUGUUCCUCAACAUAACUGGGCUUUCACAUCUCAGAAAAGAUGGCCACCCAUCUUCCCACAGUGGGCUUGCCAGGCUGGACUGCACCCAUUGGUGUAUAGCAGGAGUCCCCGAUGCCUGGAACCAACUUCUCUACACAACUAUUCUAGAUCAACCUUCCACACCUGCACCAUUCUUUUAGCUAGCUAGCUCAGAUGUUACUACAAAUUCAAUUCAUCUUGGCCUCAUUAAUGAUUACUAUAUUUCAACUAUUUUGAAUUUAGACUGACUAGCUAGCCAUAAAUAAAUAAUAAAAAGGUUAUUGAGCAAUGUUGUUUCAGUCGACGAUCAUGAGCUCAUAGCCUGCUUUCAAAGAGGCAAACAUGAAUUAAUUAGGUGUUAGAAACCGAUUUAUAUCGGGUUUCUAUAUUUAUGGUUAUAAUUAUUAUUAGGAUAUUUCUUAUUAUGGUUAGUAGUCUUCUAGUAAAAUUAGGUU